AUGGCGUGUUCGAAAUGUCUUACCAUAGAAAAUAUGAAUCCUUGUUUAAAGAAAAUGGAAUUUCCGGUCCGAGGACCUCUACUUGUCCGGGCUGCAGAAAUAGAAAAGGAGCUGCAAGAGGGUAAAAAGAAACCCUUUGACAGGGUCAUUCGAGCUAAUCUUGGCGAUAGUCAGGCAGUUGGUCAAGUCCCUAUCACUUUCAUUCGUCAAGUUCUGGCUCUCGUGACAUAUCCUGAGUUACUAUCUGACCCUAAGUUUCCUAAAGAUGCUAAAGAGCGAGCAAAAACAAUUCUCAGUGGAUGUAUAGGAUCUUCUAUCGGUUCAUAUACUGAGUCUGCUGGUAUGGAAAUUGUUAGAAAGCACUGUGCUGAAUACAUAGAAAACCGAGAUAGUAUUCCUGCAGAUUGGCAUAACAUUAUACUUGGAGAUGGUGCUACAGAGGUCAUUAAGGCUGUUAUGGAAUUGCUGAUUAAUGAAAUAGAUGGCAAGAAAGCAGGUGUCAUGGUACCUAUCCCUCAGUACCCACUCUAUUCUGCUAUACCCGCGAAGUACAAUAUGCACAUGAUUCGUUAUUAUUUGGAUGAAGCAAACAACUGGUCAUUAAGCAUUUCUGAAUUGGAAAGAGCUGUUAAUGAGGCAAAGAAAUGUUGUAAACCUAGAGCAAUUGUUGUCAUAAACCCUGGUAAUCCAACAGGUCAGGUUCUUACUCAAAAGAACAUUGAAGAUAUUAUUAAAUUUGCUCAUAAAGAAAAUCUAUUUAUAUUAGCUGACGAGGUGUACCAAAAUAACAUAUAUGAUUCCAACAGUAAAUUUUUCUCAUUUAAGAAAGUUCUUAUGGAAAUGGGACCACCUUACAAUCAGAUGGAAUUAGCUUCUUUUAUGUCAUGUUCUAAAGGUUACAUGGGAGAGUGUGGGCUUAGAGGAGGAUAUUCAGAGAUAAUAAAUUUAGAUACAGAAGUCCGAGCAAUGUUUGUUAAAUCAAUAUCAGCUAUGCUUUGCCCAAACAACAUUGGACAGGCAGUAUUGGACUGUGUGGUCAAUCCAUUGAAAAAAGGUGAUCCAUCCUAUGAAUUGUUUGAAAAAGAGAAGAGUUAUAUUUUAGAAUCAUUAAAAGAAAGAGCAAAAAUGGUAUAUGAGGCCUUUAAUUCCUGUGAUGGCAUGUCAUGUAAUGUUGUCCAAGGUGCCAUGUAUGCAUUUCCACAAAUAAAAUUACCUCCCAAAGCAAUAGAAAAGGCAAAGUCACUGAAUCAGUGCCCAAGUGUUUUUUAUUGUUUUCAGCUCUUGGAACAAACAGGUAUUUGCGCUAUACCUGGUAAUGGAUUUGGUCAAGUUGAAGGAACGUACCAUUUCAGGACUACCAUUUUACCCCAGCCUGAGGAAUUUAAACGCAUGCUCAACAUCUUCAAGAAGUUUCAUGAAAAAUUGAUGGCUGAAUAUGAGUGA